GCGUGCCCGCUAUGUGAGGGUGAUGACGAAGAGGACGAGAGGCUUCGGCAGGAGGAGGACCGGAGAGCGGAACAGAGGGCCAAGAAGAGAGGGGCUCAGGAGGGGCAGAGCCGAGUCUGCACGAAUGCGUGCCAAAAAGGAAGAAGUACGCAGUCCGGCUGGAGGAAGGUUUUGACGUGGAGCGGAUGGUAGAUAAGCUCCUGGAGGGCCAUAACGAUUUGAUGAAUUUAAAGGACAUUUUGGCCUCGGCACCAAGGCUCCGUGGCGAGCUGAAGGGGCGGCUCUCGCGAAGGCAUGAGGGGACGAUGAUCCUGGCUCUAUCUGAUCCGGCCUGCGAGAAUUACGAAAUCAUCAAGUGCCGGAACACAGGACCCGAAAGUGGGAGGAACAAGCUCAACCUCGGCUCCUUUACCUUCGAGGAGUCUGAGUACGCGCGACGGAGACUCCGGGAGGAGCAGGAGGAGGAAGGAGCAGGCGAGGUGUUGUCCCUGAGCCUUAACGAUGUGAAUAAGGCAAUGGAGGUGGUGGCGGCGCAUGAUAUGGUGGACCCUGAGUCUAUAAAGGCAUUAAGGGAACAGGAUUUGCAACGAUUGAAUGCAGUGAUGGUGCGGAAUGCGGGAGGAUUGCCGAACGCGGACGCCCUGUCAGAGUCAUGCGCAGGGAGGCCUAUAAUCUCACUUAUAGACCUUUAUUCUGGGUAUGACCAGUUUCCUGUGUACCCGCCGGAUAGGUCGGUGACGGCGAUGCAUACGCCAAGGGGGCUGAUCCACAUGAACGUGGCGCCUCAGGGGUGGACUAAUGCGGUGGCAAUGGUGCAAAGGCACAUGAUUAGGGCCAUGCAGACGGUCCUGGGUCUGUUGGAAGAACACAACCUGACGGCGAGCGGCCCCAAGUCGAAGCAUUGUAUGAGGGAGGCCACGAUUCUGGGCUUUGUCUGCAACGAGAAAGGGCGGAGGCCGGAUGUGAAGAAGACGGACAAGAUCCUAGAGUGGUCAGUCCCCUUCCAGUCGAUAACGGACGUGAGGAGCUUCCUUGGGACAUGCGGGUUUCGGAGAAGUUUUGUGAAAGACUUCGCCACCAAGACGGAGCAUUUAAGGAAGCUGGUGCGUCAGGAUCGGGAAUGGGUCUGGGGCGAGGACCAGGAAAAGGCUGUGGAAAGGAUGAAGAGAGAAUUCAAGGAAGGAGGCUUGGUGCUGGGAGCGCCGAAUUAUGAGGCCACGGAGGAAAAGCCAUUCGUUGUCGAGACCGACGCCGGGCCAACUGCCUUAGGAGGGGUCCUGAUCCAAGCGGAUGCGGAUGGGAAGGAGAGGCCGCUAAGAUUUGAAAGUCGUACCCUCAAUACGACUAAGAGGAACUACUCUCAGUUGAAAAAGGAGACGCUGGCGGUACUCCACUGCUUGAGGACCUUCCGUAACUAUAUCUUUGGCAGGAGGCUCGUUUUGAGGGUGGACCCUACUGCGCUGACGUGUUCCCUGAAAAGUUAUACUCCAUCUGACCCAACCAUCGCGAGAUGGUUGACCUACAUUUGGAUGUUUAACUUUGAAUUGGAGAGGAUUCCAGGGGACAAAAACAGGGCGGACGGGUUAAGCCGUAUCAACUGGGACGGGGCGAAUCAGGAAUCAAUUGAGGAUACCCCACCAGUCGACGGGUUCCUGGAUCAGGAGGAGGAUGUCCGCCUCCACAUAAAUGAGUGGUCGCUGAGGGUGCCCAGCUGCGUCACGCAUCCUAUAUGGUUAGCACCAAGGGGGUACGAGCAAAAGGAGGAGUUGGUCCUCAAGCCCUUCCAGGAAGAAGAUCCGUGGGGGAGUAGGGAUAUUGGAUGGAUGAUGAGGUUGGCAUUGGCAGGAACACAUAGUCUAGCGGAGGAAGUAAGGACGAUAGAGGAAGGCCCAACCCAGGUAGAGGAGCAUGAGCAACUAAUGGGAGGAAUGUACUUGCUCACCAACACGCUCCUGCAGGGGGACUUUAACCAGAGGAGCGCAGCCGGUUCCGAGGAGGGCGAGCUUCUUAUUCCUGGAAGCCAUGACGACGAGUUCGAAGAGGGAGAGAUUAGGGAGGCCUUCCGCGCAGAAGAAUAUGAUGGGAUCUAUCGGGAAUUGGGGUUACUCCUGUCAUGUGAGAUAAGGGAUAGAGACGCAAGUGCUAAAGCCCAGAAGAUGAGGCAUCUCUACGUAGUAAGAGAUGGCCACCUGUUUAUAAAGCGACAGGUUGGGAACCCCAAGAGGAUCAUAUGUGGGAGGAACCGGCAGAUUGAUGUCAUAGCAGCAUUACACGAUGGUAUAGCAGGGGGGCAUAGAGGGGUUAGUGCCACGUGCGCAAAGAUAAGUGAGUUAUACCACUGGGAUGGAAUGUUGACUAUGGUCAUCAAGUACUGCCAGUACUGUGUGCCUUGCCAACUGAGGUCAGCACAAAGGCCUGGGGAGCCUCUGCACCCCAGGCUGGAAAGGGAAGUGGGUGCAGUCGUACACUUGGACCUAUUGCUCAUGCCACUCGGGGAGGAUGGAAGUAACUAUAUCUUUGAUGCACGGGACAACCUUACCGCGUUCGUAGACGGUCGGGCAAUCCGCACGAAAAUUGGCCCAGUUUUAGCAAGGUGCAUCGAAGAAUACUACUUGCGCUAUCCAUUUGUAAGAGAGUUUGUGAUGGACCGGGGGUCGGAGUUCACUUGCAACGAGAGGUUGAGAGCUUCCCCUAGGGGGCGUGAUGGCAUGCCCAUUCGAUUGGAGGAGGGGAACGCAGAUGAGUUCAUCCCCGCAUAUGAGCACUACAUGUUGAGUCUGGGGGUUGCGCGGGAGGAAUGGGUACAGGCCCUACUUAUCUGGACGAGGCAGGCAGAGAGGCAGGUGGCCAAACAGAUUCGGGAAAGGGCUCAAGACUGGGAGGACUGUCAGGCCCAGCUUAGGAGGGCGUUCGGACGGCCACAGCACGAGAGGCACGAGCCCAGGGUUGAGAGCCGACGGCGAAGCAAGAGACCGAGGGAAUCGGCACCGAGAGAGGUGGGGCUGGCCAUAGAGAGGAGGGGGGCCCCAGCACGGCAGGAGGAUGAGCCCGCAGGGCCCGCAUUGGCAGAGGAGUCGUUCCCUGCUUGUGGCCUCCGGGCAGUCGAGUUUCGGCGGAUUACGAGUAAGGGGUUGAGAUCGCCCCCACCAUUGCCAUCAACACAGGAGCUGGACAUACCAAGAGAGACGCCAUUCCGAAGCUUAGCGACUCAUCUCGAUGUAUCCCAAUGGGAGGCCUCACGGCUGGGAGAGGGCUCAGUUGAGCCGGCGUGCUACGUGCCAUUGGAGGAACCCCUCGACCCCGAGAUGGAGACAGACAUGCAAGACCGAGAGGAGUCGCAGGAUCCUGAGAUGGCAGCCGAGCGGCCGGAUCCGGUACGACCUCAGGGUAGAGAGGUGAUCACGGUCGGAGACGAUACCCCUCCACGCUCCCCAGUUUCGGAGCCAACGCAACAUUUAUGGCCAGAGGGGAUUCCGGAACUAGGUAGCGAAGAGAUCCCGGAGUCUCCCCCAGGGGCCACUGCGGCGCCUGAGCAGGAGGUAGAGAUGGAGGAGCGCGGGGCGGGCAAGGGAGCGAGGAUGGAGGCGCCCUUUGACUUGCCAUCGGCCACGCACGUGACCAAGAGCCCAGAUAUUGAGGAGCCCGUUCCAGCGGAGCUACCGCCAGUAGUGUCGUGCGCGAGCGAGGAGAUGGGGGCGGAGGCGUCGACUCCGGAAGGCCAGGGGCCGCAAGUGAGGGGAGCCCCAAGAGAGACCCGUGAAGAGAAGUCCGCCCGAGUGCGGGUCCGUUUGGAUGAAAUACAUGUGAGGCAGGCUGAGAUGGAGGCAGCAGGAAUAGAGCCGACACCGCCGGUCGAGCCCAAGAUGAGCGAGCAGAGGAUCGACGAGUUGUGGGCUAGGUAUGAGAGCCAGAGGGAUGCUGCCCGCCAGAGGUCACGAGAGGCAGGACAGGCGGACGAGGAGACGGGUGAGCUGAGGGAGAUGGGGGACUUGGGGUUCUCCGCGACCAGGCAGGCGAUUGAGCGCAUGGAUCGGAGGGUAUGCGAGAUGGCAGUUACGUCCUUCCAGUGGUAUAAUCGACUCAGCAAUGAGCUCAGGGUCAAAGAGUUGGAGGUGGAGCACCUGACUACUCAGCUUGCCGAGGAGAAGGCGAGGAGCCGGGCUAGAGAGGUUGAGUGGGAGAGGAGAUUAGGGGAGAUGGCGGCCGCUGUGGAUAGGCUCUCGGCGGCCUGGGAGGCUAGCCAGGUGGAGCGAGCCGGUGCCGAUGGCCAGGGCCGAGGGAUGCAGGCUUCGCCGAGUCAGGGAGCGACAGUGGAGGUCCCUCAACAGGCCGAGCCAAUGGAGGAGGUGCCCUUGGACGUAGCUGAGGAGGAGGAUGGCUAUGAGGGGCCUCAGAGACUUGACGCUCCAGAGCAGGCCCCGAGGUUGGUAGAGUUGAGGGCGGAGCUGGGCUCCUGGGCCACGGGGACGGACUCAGGAGGGCCUGACUUGCGGCAGCAGCAGCAGGAGGAGGUCAUGAGUGAGCCCACCGCUAUGGUGGGCUCUCAGCCGUCGGGAUCAUGUGGGGACGAGGUGGUGGUGGUGACAGAAAGGCCCCAUGAGGAGGGACCCCGAGAGUUGGACACACCAGAGUGCGGGCCAGCGAGCGCAGUCGUACGAGGGGGUGAGGACGCUGAGGCUCUGGAGACCGAACCUCAGGGCCAUAUGGGCUUGCCCUCGUGCCAUGAGGUGACCACUGAGACCAUGGGGACGCCUUCAGCGUCGAGUUCCCGGGGAAGAAAGAAGAAGACUGCCAGGUGGCACGAUACCUCCUGUUUUUGGUGCAAGGAGGAAGGGCAUAGAGCCGUGGACUGCCCAGAGCUCCUCGAGGAUAAGGCCGAGGGGCGGGUUGCAGAGGUCGACGGCAAGUUCUAUGACAGGCAGGGCAGGAUAGUAGAGCAAGCUCCAGAUGGGGGCAGGGCUCAGUUGUAUAGGCAAAACCAGGAGGAAUUGUGAAAGUUCAACGAGCUUGUUUACCAGUAUCCCAUUCGAAUCCCAGAACGUUUCUCAUUAGUUAUCCGUUCACUCCUCACUCAAGAGGGCAUCUGCCUUACCCUGCAGCCGGACUUCAAGUUUCUCGAGGUUGCCUAUCCAUACAUCGCCAAAAGACUUCUCACAGAUCCUGACCCAGCUCUGAGGGAGCGCCUUCUCCAGGUUCUUUUCAAGAAUGGGGUUUUCCAGUGGAAGAGGUUGGAGAAUCUGAUUUCUUUGGCCAAGGAGCAGGUAGACCUUGUGAAUAAGACAGUCCGCACUCGAGAGAGAGCUGAACUGGAGAACAGAUCAGCACGUUCGGGAGAUCUAACAAAAGCAAAUGGUUCAUCAAGUAGGGGUUCUGGGUUGGAUUUGAAGGAUACCAUCAAGGAUGGCACCCGCGUCAUGCUAGUGGAUAGGGAGCUCCGGCGACAACUCCUUUUGGCGCUCACUCAGGACAGCAGGCUCCAUGUCCAAGAGGUGAGAGAUAUAUACAGACUUGUUGCAGAAGAUGUCCAGCCACAAGUGAUAAUAAGAGAAAUCGUUGGAGGUAUACCUGAGGUUGCUAAGGAGCUCAUUUUGUCUUGGAGUGACUCAGUUCUUGCAGAGCGUUGAGCUAGGACGGCCUAGCCUAGCGUCGCAAUACAGCAGCUACUAUGUAACAAGGGAUAAGUUGAAGAAGGUACAAUAUGUGGACAAGGCAGGUCAUCAGCGGCAGCUACGGUAGAACUUGCCUGACAGGGUGUGGGGCGGGGAGCAAAGAUUUCUGUUGAGGGUCUCUGAGGAUUAAUACCUCCAGUGCGCUUCAACGCUUCAGCGAUGUUCACAGUGUUUCGGUGCUAAGUUUCUCUUCAGGUGAAUCGCCGGACAGCGGAAGGGAGAGGAAAGGAUGGAAGUCUCCAGAAGGCAUUGUAGAGUUGUUAGCCCUCAAUGGCUGGUCCCCAUGGUCUCAGGCUCCUGACUUCUGCCAUCCGCCGCUCCUGUUAACCAGUCUUUCGGAGAGAAAGUAGGGGAUAUAUAGCUUAUUGAUGCCUGCAUGAAAGUUAGAUAGCAGAUAGGUUUGGGACGAAAAUGCGUCCCAUCUGAAGUGGAAGUCAAAGUCGUCAAACAUCUCUUCAUCAGCACAUGGGUUGGAAGAAGGCUGAGUGAGGGUGGUGUUGGAGAGAAAGUAGGGGGGGUGAAAGGGGGAGGGGGGGGAAGGUGAAAGGGGCGAUGGGGGGAAAGGCAAAAGACAGACCGUUUUCAGCAGGGGAGGAGGGGGGGCGCAGAAAGUGAGAGGUGGAAGGGGAGGGAAAGCCGAAAGAGGUAUGGACAGGGCGUUGUCGCCGAAUUGUUCUCUCCUUAUCAAGAGUUAUGCUCCCUCACAAGACACUUAGUGUGUAGACCAAUUGCCUAGCAAAGGCAUCAUUCAUCAGAUAUGGUCACCUCAGCUCAAUUGCCAUCCAAUGCUGGCAUCGGAGGAGGAUGCCUGCGUCAACUGCUGCAGAUGUGGACGGCACAGUCCAUGCCAUCGCUUCAAUACCAGUCUAUACAAAAUCAACAUGAUUCCAAGGAUAUAUGUUUGCCGAUGCAUGGAGCUGGCGACUAUGACAGUAUGCAGGCUCUACUACUUCUGGUUUGCAACUUUGCACUCGGGCAUGCAAUAGAUUGUGCCAUACGUCACGAGUUGUCGCUGCGCGGGUUAUAUAUAGGUUCUUCUUUCAACAGGUUUCUCUGCAGGCUACACUGUGGCUGGCCCUAUUGCCAGACUGAGUCAGCAUUCCAAGCACUCCUCGUUCUGCACAAUCGGCGCUGCGCACCUCAUGUGACCAAUGACACUACUUCACGAGUAUGCAACAGCUCAACGAUGAUUUCGAGUCUGGACGAUUGCUAUCAAGCCCAGAGGCAGCAACUUUGGAGAUGUACCACCUUUGUGAGUUUUGUACGUGGUCCUUGACGAUUCAAAUCACGUUGCGGAUCAGAGCGCAAGUUCUGGAUGAUAGAUCCUUUUCCAUGCGGUCGAGUAUCCAGCCACUCGGAUGCAUCUCCAUACAUUCACCAAUACACGUCAUGUACAUUGUACUUGGCCUCCGAAUAGUAGAGCAAGCUUCGGGAGAGCAAGCUUCGGGAGAGCAAGCUUCGGGAGAGCAAGCUUCGGGAGCUGCAUCGGGUAAGAAUAACAUGCCAGCCUGUAGGUAGGCUUUCAAACUCCUGCUGCUGUUCCGUCUACAGUUUGAGCUGCCUACUCAAAUGCCUUCAGCCACUCAGCCAUACCUCCCGGGAAAAACGGGAUUUGAACCCGCGACUUCUGACUCCUCGACCACUUAAUUCGCUGAAAGCAUGCAGCACUACGAACCACGUUGUAAAUGAUCAGAGUAAACCCUAACCAAUGUACUCAUUACCUAAUUGCCCCUAAUUGCCCCAUGGUGCCUAAUUGCCUCAUUGCCUAAUUGCCUCAUUGCGCAAUCAACUGCCGCUGCAUGCACACUAUUCUUCUUCACAAGCUCAAAGCUUUCCGUAUGAAUAUUGUCAAAUGACCUGACCUGAAUGAGGUGCCUCUCGUACGUGCACGAGGUGCCCUCGUAUAUGAAUGAGGUGCCCCUCGUACGUGAAUGAGGUGCCCUCUUCCUCACCACCGCAUCGAAUUAUCAGUUGACAUCAACAAGAAGCUACCCUUCUUCAUCACUUUCCACAUCAGCCCCAACCAACAUCAAGAAGCGUUGUGCUCUCAUCUGGAUCCUAUCUCCGUGUAAGGUCAGGAAGACAUCGGGUUUUUUUUUUUUUUUUUUUUUUUUUUUUUUUUUUUUAAAUGAAGACAUCGUUUUGUACUACUUGACAUCGCAAAUUCACUCUGUAAAAAUGAUAUAUUAUGGUAAAAUAUUUUGGCCCUGAGUACUUUGUCUUCUUGUACUAUUUGUAGACCCGUGUUCCACACGCCGAUUGCCGUCCCGAGCAGUAAAAUGCAACUCUCUCAGUCAAUCUGAUGCAUUCUGCUCCCUGAGGCAGACGAUCACGUUGACGUUCACACGUCAACACAACUUUCUUCUUCUUUUUCACAAUUUGUUAAUGUUAUUUGCACCUCGGUUUUGCGGUUGGUUACUUUUACUUCCGCAAAUUUCCGCACCUACACUUGAUUUUUCUCCUGAACUUUCGUUUUGCGAUGAUGUUUUUAAUUCUCGUCUCCGCAAGAUGGUAAUUAGUAAUUAGUAAUUACUACCAGUGGUUAUUUUGCUGCUUUUGUUUUUUUACACUUUGAAGUUUGAAGUCUACUUCUGAUAUGGUUCCUUUUUUGGAAAUCCUUGCAUACUCUUUUUAAAAAUGUCGGCGAAAAAUUAUCCUUCCACUUCCGGAUGCUUCCAGUCUAUUCCAAACACGUUGACACGUCGAGUUCACAAGCUUUGCACUACUGAGUAUUGACGCCGCAAUGUGAGAUAGAUUGCGGCGUCAGUAAGUGAGGCAGAUUAAUCCAAGAUUCUAAA